AUGGCUCCCCACCGAAAAGUGGCGGCAGAUGGAGAAGAGCAAACGCCUCACGACCCCAAGGCCGUGAGCAAUCCGUCCGGCAUCACAGGCAAGCUCUGCACGUGGAUCCACGACACGACCAUCAGCUCCAUCCCCGACGACGUGGUGCGACGCGCAAAGUACCUCAUCCUCGACGGCAUCGCGUGCGGACUGGUCGCCGCGCACCUGCCGUGGUCCGAGACCGCGGCCCGCGCAAUCUUCAACAUGGAACCCGAGGGUCAAUGCACGGUCAUGGGCUGGGGCGGGAGCCGGAGCGAGAGCGGCGGCAAGAAGCUGUCCCCGCUCGCGGCCAGUAUCUUGAACAGCACCUUCAUCCAAGGCUUUGAGCUCGACGACUACCACUCGACCGCGCCGUUGCAUUCGUGCUCGAUUCUGAUCCCGGCUCUUUUCGCCGCCGUCGAGGCGGAGGGUCCUGCGCGCACAUUCUCCGGUCGGGACUACCUCAAAGCGUUUAUCGUCGGCUGCGAGGUUGGGCCCCGGGUCGGGCUGGCCCUCCACGGCACAGACCUUCUCUCGCGAGGCUGGCAUUCUGGUGCCGUACAAGGACCCUCGGCCUCCGCCGCAGCAGUGUCCUCCCUACUGGGCCUCCCAGCCGGGUAUAUCGAAUCCGCGCUGGGAAUAGCCUGCACACAAGCCGGUGGUUUAAUGUCUGCGCAAUUUGGUUCGAUGGCAAAACGCAUGCAACACGGCUUCGCGUCGCGCAAUGGCCUCUUUGCCACUUUACUCGCGAAAGAAGGGUAUACGGGCAUCCAGGAAGUCUACGAGACUCCUUACGGCGGAUUCCUGUCCAUGUUUUCCGAGGGCGUCACCAACUUUUCCCCCAAGUCCGUACCCGAGGAGCUUGUUAAUGGGUUAGGAGAGAAGUGGGAGUUGCACGGCGUACGAGUCAAGCUCCACGCCGCCAUGGCCGCCCUGCACGGGACGAUCGAUUGCAUCGAAAAACUCCAGAAAGAACACGAAUCGCUCUUCGCGGCCGAGAAUCUGGUCAAUAUCGAAUCCAUCACGACGCAGCACUCGAAGCCCGCGUUCGAGCACGGCGGCUGGACCGCCCCUCCAGACAAGCCGCUCACGUCGACCGCGGCGCAAAUGUCCAUCCAAUACGCCGCGGCCGCGCAGCUAGUCGACCACGAAGUGCUGAUGGCGCAGUUCGGGGCCGACAAGCUGAACCGCCCGCAGCUGCGCGAGCUCAUGGCCAAAAUCACGCCGACGCAUAACCCGGAGUUUGACAGCGACAAGCGCAAGGGGUGGCGGACCGUGGUUACGGUGCGGUUUAAAGACCAACAGGGAAAGACGACGGAGGUCGAGACACUGGUCGAUGGGCCCAAGGGCAUCAUGCCCCCGGCGAGUGAAGAGGAUAUCGUCACUAAGUGGCGCAUGCUGGUGCGCGACGUGCUCGAUAAUGAGAGAAGGGAUCAGAUCGAGAAGUGUGUUUUGGGAAUGGAUAAGCUGGAAGAUGUGAGGGAGUUGAUUGCGCUGUUGGAGGGCACGGUCAAGUGUCCUAUCGUUGUAUAA